AUGAAGUUUAUGAAACUCGGGACGAGGCCAGACACCUUCUAUACAGAAGAGGCUACCAGGACGGUGAUUUCAGAAAUUCCUAGCGAUCUCACCAUACGAAUUAACAACAUUAAUUAUCUUCUCCACAAGGGUGACACAUACACAGAUGAUAGCCAUGAUAGCAGACUCUUGUGUCUAGGUGAAAACACCACCACCACCAAGGAGUAUAGGUACCCUCCACCAAACAUCAUUAAGUCCUGCCAUCUGGACAGUUCCUUUUACGAGUGUACUCCCGCCGACUUCAUAAAGAAGCAAGAGAUGAAUCUGUUGCACGGCCGUUGUUUGUACGACUCCAUGAAGAAGCAAAAUAUGAAUAUGUUGCCCGACCCUCCGGUUUACAACGCGUCUAACCACCGCCACACCAAGGUUGGUGCUCCCAGGUUUAUUGGGACCUGUCAUGGAUGGCUACUGUUUUAUCUCUUUUUCAAAGAGUCACUCUAUUUCUUCAAUCCCCUUUCAAGAAUGGUUGUCGAGCUUCCACCACCGCCAUUUUGGAAACCACCGCUAUUUCUAUGGAACAUGUCCCCCUGUCCAUGGGAUAUUAACUUGAUCACAUCAUCCAUCCUUACCGAUCCCACUUGCAAGGUCUUCUUGUAUACCUCAUGUGAGAUUGCUGUUUAUAGACUCAGUGACGGGAAAUGGACGCAGGCUUUCAAAACAAACUUCUUAAUUGCUUCUAUGAUAUUUUACAAGGGUAAUUUCUACUCAGUUGAUGGGAAUGGUGUCCUUCGACGUUGUUUGUUCGAUGAUAAUUAUUUCAACUACACGGAAGAAGUAGUAUUGGAUAGUUAUUCCAACUACACGGAAGAAGUAGUAAUAUUCGAUAGAAUUAAAGUCAGAUGUAAUUCUAAUUGUGAUUUCAAGUACUUGGUGGAGUCAUGGUCAGGUGAAUUGUUAAUGGUGGUGAAGACUUUAGACCAUUAUCGAGAUUUGGAUAGCAAUCAACCGAGAAUGAGAACCAAGUCUUUUGAGAUUUUUAAGGUAAAUUGGAGCAAUUGUGAAUGGGAAAAAGUGAGUAAUUUCGGUGAUCACACCCUAUUCUUGGCUAAGAACAAUUCAAUGUUUGUUCGUGUUGGACAAAACUCUGAAUACAAACACAACUCAAUCUAUUUCAUUGAUGAUGUUAAAGGACUUAUUGACCCCUGGUAUGAAGAUUUUGGGGUGUAUAAUUUGAAAAACGGGAAGAUUGAAUCAUUAAAUCUAUCUAAGAGACAGAUGAGGCGGAAAUUUUGUUUGGACCUGGGAUUUUUGUCACCGGAGUUGUUAUUAACUGAAGUUUAUGUUUGA